CAGUGGUAGGUAAGCAGCUAGCAUAGGCAAAGCAGUUGCGGUGGGCAGAUACCAAAAGACUAGGAGGGCAGUAUUCACUGGUGAAAACGUAUUCCACUGCAUCUCGCCCUUCUCCUUUCUUUCUUCCUCUCAAUUCGCUACGGAUCUAUAACCGAUAAUCGUGCACCUUGAAGAGCGAUCGGCUUUGCGUGUCGCGUUUCUUUUUUCUUGGCGUUUUUUGUUUCUUGUGUGUUGAGCCAAGCUGCGGUUUGCUUGAUUUUUUUUUAUUGAGACACGGACAAGAGGAGAGAAGAGCGAGGAGAGAGCGCUAUGCACUCGGGCUGACAUGUAAAAUGCUGUCUGUUAAGGUCGUUCGUGCAGCAGAUGGUUCGAUGAAUCCGAGUGGAAGAGAGGAGAUUCGGAAUAUCGCUCGGACCGAGCCUCAGCAAGAAGGGCAGGUCGGCAGCGACGACGCCGUUAAUUCACCGCAGCCCGAUGCUGGCUGCAGGCCGGUCCCAGGUGGGGGGGUGUUGAAUGGGGGAUUCCCGGCAGAGCAGCCCACUUCCCCCUGUGUGAUUCUGAGAGAGGAGGAGGAGGAGGAGGAGGAGGAGGAGGUGGAGAAGGGGUCCGGGACUGGAUAUCAGCGCAGAGAGCUCGCCCGAGUCCGGGACAUCAGGUGCAAUGGGAGGACAGGCACAGGGGAAGAUCCCUGCAUCAGCUUUCUGGACUCCCAAGCCAUGAAGAAGGACAGAAAGCCAAAAACCAGGGCGUGCACCCCCCUCCCCAGGGCAUGCACCCCCCUCCCCAGCCUGGAGCGGAGCCCCGAGGGGGGCUGCAACUCCCUCAACCCACCAAAGAGUCCCGAGCUGGCCUGCCAGGGAAGCUGGACCGACCAGCAGUCUCUGCUCCCUCCAGAGGGGUUCAACGGAGACCCUUGCCCUUUACCCUUGCCCUCUAGCCCCCCGGGAAUGCCUGACAGCCCCGACCCCUGCCUGUUGUACGGGAUUAAACAACCCCCAGCUAGGGGGCACCCCUCUUCUUUAGAUCAGCUAGAAGCAUUUGUGGAAACCCAGGAGACAGUGGAGGUGCUAGAAGAGAAGCAGGACAGAGAGCUAAAGAGCUUCCCCACCUCGGCUCUGCUGUCCUCGGGCAGGAGCAGCAUGGACAGCAUCCUGACACUGCUGCAGAGGAAGUGCGGGAACGGGAGAAUCAACCUGUGCCCUGUGGUGCAGCUCAUAGACAUCACCAAGGACCUGGGCAGGCUCUCCAGGGGCCUGCAGACCAGCAGCGUGAGACUGGACUGCGGGAGCUGGAGUGAGGGGGGCAGCGGUGGGGAGGAGCUGCUGGGAGAGAGUGGAGGGGAGAGCACAGAACUGCUCUACAGCUUCCACUCCACACCCUCGCUGGCCAACGGCAUCCGCAGCCCUGGGGAGAGGCUGCACAAGAGACCCAGGAUCGGGCCCAAAGGACGGAGGCAGCACCUGCUUCAAUGGCAGCUUGAACUCCAGAAGCCAACUGAGAUAGAACGACCCCCGCAGAGCGAGGGACCCAAGACAUCCCCAGAACCAGAACCAGAACCAGAGCCAGAAGCAGAGCCAGCAAGGGUAGCACAGGAUCCUUCCCCAGUCCGUUUAGAAGUGCCCAGUGAGAUCCAAGCCCCUCCUGAGCCUCUCCCGUACAAGUUGCCCCUUUCCCCAGCCACCAGCCAGCAGGUCACCCCAGAAUGCCAUCCCAAUACUGCUGUUACCACCACACCUAGCACUGCUGCCCCUGCAGAAACAGUCAGCACCCCCCCAGAGAGCCAGCAGAGCUCCACAGAGAGGGGGCAGAAUCCCUCCGCCUCGACCCCCGACCGAGAGAGGAAGUACGCGCUCAGGAGCUCAGACAGGCCAAAGAUCCCGUGCCAUCUGAGGAAAUCCUCACGGCUGAGACGGGCAUUGGAAGAGGUUCACAAGGACAUUAAGGAGACAACCCCCAAAGAGGAGUCUGUAGAAACCCCGGAAAAGACUCCCAAACCCAAGGAGGUUGAAGCAGCAGGAGAAAAGGAGGAGGUGUGCGAGGAGAAGCCCCCGGGAUUGGAAAGCUUUGAGGCUCUCCCCAGGUUUCCUACGCCGAGUGAAGGGGCUGUGAGGGAAGGGUCCUCGACUGCCCGAGGCAGGCGGAAAGGAAAGUGCGUGGGCAUCCGGAAGAUUGUGGUGAAGGUCGCCCGCAUCCCAGUGAACAUGAGCCGGCGCCACAAGAGCUACAAGAUCUCGUCCAUGGAGACCCCCGCGCAGCAGGACAGGGCUGGGGAAACAGAGGGCGGGGAGGGACCCCAGCGGGAGCCCACAGCGUUACUGAAAAUGAAAAACAAUGGCAAGAAUGUGAUGGUGAUGUUCCCCCCGGGGAAGCUGCCAGUGAUCCUGAAGAGGCGGCGUGGGCGUCCACCCAAACAGGUCCCGCCCGAGCAGUCAGACCCCAAAGAGGUCAAGACCGAGGAGGGGAAGAAGCCACGGCGUCGCCGCAGGGUCAAGCUGCCCUCUCCUCAGCCCUCCUAUGCAAAUGACACCAACGACGCCAAGACCGACUACGGAGACGUCCUCUCCAAACUGGCCUUCCUCAACCGGGAGCCGCCCACCACCGGCCGCUGCUCCCCUCCUCGCUGCUCCACCCCCAGCGAGCCGGAGACCCUUCAGCAGCCCCUCGACACCCCCAACAUCUCCUCCCUGCUGCAGAGGCUGCAAGGCUUCCGUCGGCGAGGAGGCAGGGCGGGCUGCAUGGGAGGAAGAGGGGGGCUGGCUGGGUCUGCCGAGUCCUUCAAGAGAUCUUUCAGUGACUUCUUCGAGACUAUUGGGAAAAAGCGGAAAACGCCGACCUCCGACCCUGAUCACCCCCGCAAGAGGGGCAAGGCUGCGAUGGGGGACCCCAGCAGCAUUCCUUCAGCAGAGAAAGUGUUUCGCAAGAGGCGCCCUCGAAAGAACGGAUUCCUGAAGGAGCCUGGAGCACACCAGGAUUCGGAGUGGGCCAGCGGGAAUGGCUGGGCUUCCAGAGCAGAUGGGCGGGCAAGCCAAGCGGACUUCGGAUACCAAAAAGUGGCUUUGCCUCGGGGCUUUGCGCCAUGCGAUCCUGGGAAAGUAGGCUACUACCCGUCUCAAGCUCAAGGCAACCCCGAAUCUCAAGGGCUGUGCGCAGGGUAUUUCCGCUCCCUCCUGGACUCCGAUGACUCUUCCGACUUGCUGGAUUGCUCUUUGUCUUCAUCGUCAGGAGCAUCGGGACGCGCUGAAUCCCGCAAGGUUCCCGGGUGUUAUGAAACUGGGAACCCCACACAGAGCCAGCGGUGGUGUCCUGGCUACCCCAAGAGGGGCCCCAAAGCCAGCCCAUCAAACUGUGAAGGCCCAUCCCAGACCUCCAACCCGCCAAGGCCUCCCUAUUCACAUGGUGGCAACUACAAUCUCUCUCAAACCUCGCCUACGUCCUUCCAGAAGCUCGUUCCACCACUCUCCCUCUCCAGGUCCCCCAGCUCCCCACACCCCUCUGGAAGUUUCCCCCAGUACAGUGGCUAUGGCUCUGGGUCCCAGUCUAAUCUCCAGCCAUUGAAGCAGUAUGAGGGCCAGAGGACAGCUGACUGCAGCUUCCCAUACGCUGGCAGUGGCAACAGCAAGGCUCUCCAGGCAUCCCCAAGCAGCUCUUCUCAUGUCGGCUACUCCGGCCACCAAGGCACCAAUCCUUUGGGCAAGUCCUUGUAUGGUGGCUUCCCAAGCCCUGGGGCAGCAUCUCCUGGUAGCUUCAUGCUGACGAAGAACACGGCCAACUCCUUCCCCUUGUCUCCCGAAAGUUGCAGGCAGUACUCCCAGUGGGGGCACCGGCCCAGCUACCCAGGGAGUGGGAACACGGAGGCUUUCGGGCUGCAGUACCUCAGUUCUUUCGACUACAGCGCCUGCACCGAGCCCAAGGACAUCCUGGAUAUCUCCAACUACACGCCUCAGAAGGCCAAGCAGCGCUCCUUCUCAGAGACCUUCUCAGAGUCCUCUUCGGACAGCUCUCACUUUGGGCAGCCGGGGGCGGCUGGGUCUUGCAAGCUGCAGGACCACCCUGCCUCUGGCGAGGGACAGUCCAGCCUGUCCAGCCUGGAGAAGCUGAUGAUGGACUGGAAUGAGAGCUCCUCAGGCCCCUCCUACAGCUGGAACCAGAGCGUCCUCUUCCAGGGGGGUUCCAAACCUGGGCGGGGGAGGCGGAAAAGGACUGAUGCCCAGGGAGAGAGCUGCCUUCUGGGCUUCCCACCAGUCUCCACUCCCUCCAGCUCAUCUUCUCCCAUUCCCGGUACCAAAAGGAGCGCCACUGGGGCCAGGCAGCCCAGGGGGUCUCGUGGAGCCUUCCCUUCCUGCAGACGGGACCGUGCCGCUCUGGUGAAGCCCAAGGCUCAGAAACCAGCCGCCCAGGCUUCAGCAAUGCCCCUCUACCAGGACAGCCCAAACCUCGUGGUGGACUAUUACAGUGGAGACAGCAGUAGCAUGUCCCCUCUGUCUUCGCAGUCCCAAAGCAUGGCCCUGGGGGAGAGGGAGCAGUGCGGAUACUCCAGCCCCUACUCCGUCAACCCCCCCACCCCCUCCUCCUCAGAGGACAAGUUUCUGCAGAUGUUCCACAGCGAGGCCGCCUGUCUCUCCCCGGUCGUGGGCUUACAGCCCGACCCCAAGCCCUUCCAUGCAGCCCCUACCAAACCUCUGCACCCGUACGCAGGGCCUCCAAAGGCCUUUUCCCCCAGCUGCUCCCUAACCCUAGCCUUCAACAAGGACAACCCCCUGCCCUGUGACUUCCGAAGGCUCCUGCCUUGCGCUGCUCAGAGUCCCCACCGAGCCAGCAAGGACCUCCCUGGAUCCCAGUAUGACUCCCCCACCUACAGCAGCUCCUCUUACUGGUACCAGCAGCCAGGCGGCUCCUUGUCUGGCAGCCCACACCACUACGACAAGCGGGAGGAGUUUGUGGAACGGACCGGUGCAGCAGGUAGUCCGCAGAUCCUCAAUCCCAUCUCCCUGGGCAGGACAGAGAAAGAGAAGGAGGUUGAGAACGAGGCCCUGGAGAUGGUAAAGCUACAGAGGCCAGCUGCUGCUGCUACCACCCACUCCUCCUCCUCUUAUCCCCCCGCUCUGGAACUGAACUCCCAUCCGUCUGCUAGUGAGCCCGGCUUCCACCUGCCGCCGGAGAGUUUCCAGCACCGCUACCCCCCUCUCCAGAGCCAGGGGCAGACCAGUCUGUGGCCCCCUCCUCACAGAGGGGUCCUCAGCCACCUGCUGGACCAGCACACGGAGGACUUGUUCACCGUCACCAGCCUAUAGGGACUGGGGAGGGAGGGUGGCACCGCUGCAGGGAAGCCAAGGCUUUGUUUAUAGGUAUGAGAAUCACCUGGCCGUGCGCGCGAGAGCUGCACUGCUGAGCUUUCACUGUCCAGGUCUCAGAAAGAUGAACUAUAGAAAGGGUCUAUUCAAUGGAUCUGUAAAGUGACGGAUCUAAAUGACCACCUUUAAAUCAUUACAAGGGGGCUUUGUGAGAAUCUCCAACAGUGUGCGUGUGUCUCUAGUGUUUUUUUUUAUUGUAUUUAAAAGUUAUUGAAAUGUGAGGUUCGUUUAAAUGUAAUAUAUAAACGGUGGCAUUUCUUUUAGACCCCUCACUGGUAAGAUCACUUGUAUAGACCCCAAACUGUUUAACUAUACAGGAAGAAAGAUAACCUGUAAGAUCAUGUGCUAGCGAGUUAAGAAGCACGAUGAUGUUUGCUGUUGAAUUAUUCAGGGUGUUUUUGGUGCUGUGUUGUUUCUUGCCUGUAGGAUAAAUACAUAAAGGAUAGAACGGUAUCCUUGUAAUCCACAGCCCUGGACCUGGGACGCUGCUGGAGUGCAGUGCAGAUAUUGGUGAAUCUAAAUCCAGGUUCCUGUAACUCUAUAGUAAAGUCAUCGUAGCAAACAGAACCAUUCCACGACUCUUCAUAAUUUUGCACUUCUGUAAGCGACUGUACACACAGCUUUAAAAGACCCACAUAUUGUAGCAAACGUGUAUUUUAAUUUUAAAACAUGAUCUCUGGUUACUUUAGCUGAAGGAAGCUGUGUUUCUGGCUCUUUUUCUUGGGUAUCUGUUUGCCCUCCCCAGGUCAUUUCCUCUUAGCAGUGUCUCCUGGGUCAUGUUACUGGCUGCCAUGUCAGUCAAUAGGGGAAGCAGCUGAUUCUUACACAGCUCUAGCCAAACGUUUUGCAUCACCCGAAGAAUGAACUCAUUUUGCUUUAUAAAGUCGAAUGAAACCUGCUGAAUAAUGUUACCUUAACAUAUUGAAUUACACACCGCUUUGUGGUUUUCCAUAUACUUCAAGAUAAACUGGCAAAAAAAUAAAAAUCUAACAUGAAAUACUGUACUACUAUUAUGGCUUCCGGUAGACUUUUGCAAUACAUUCUGUAGUUUCUUUGAUUACAUUCUGUUAAAUAAAAGAUCUAAAUUAUGGUCAUAUAGUUUUUUUUAAUUAUUUGUUUAUUUAGUAGACUAUGCAUCAGCUGCAGAGUCACUUACAAUUACAUCUCACCUGAAAGACAGAGCACAAGGAGGUUAAGUGACUUGCUCAGGGUCACACAAUGAGUCAGUGGCUGAGGUGGGAUUUGAACCGGGGACCUCCUAGUUACAAGCCUGUUUCUUUAACCACUGGACCACACAGCCUGAAAUUACAUCUCAAUCCAUAAGUUGUAGGUGAUGCAAACUGUUUGUCCACAGCUGUAGACAGGAACGAUGGCAGUGAAGAGGCGGGGACAGUUUCACUCUGCAGGUGAAAGUACAAGACAGUCAAAAAGCAUGGCUUCCACCAAGAGUUUAUCCCAAACAUCAUGUCUGAAAUGGAAACCCAUGCUUGUGUGACAGGUGUUUCUUUCAGAACUGCACGUUUGAGACCUAUUUAAUAAUUCCUUCGCCGUGCAGAUCUAUUUUUCUGAACUAUGUUGUGAGCUGCAGGGGGUGAUUCACUGCCCCCCUUGUUAACAAUGUCACGUUUAGUACGAAUCAGAUCUCAUGGUAAUAAACAGCAGACUGAAGACAACAGGCUGAAGUGGGUUCAGAUUGAUGCAAAGUAGGGAAAUGACCAGUUGCAAAUAUUUGCAUUUAAGCAGCCGUGCAGAAUGGAAGCCCAGUGUUCAACAAGCGCUUCGAUAAAGGUUGUUAUAAAAGGGUUUGCUGCACAGUGUAAUAAUCAGGUGUUUGGAUUAAACUAUAAGGUCAUUAAUUCAUGAAAUAAAAAUAAAGUGAAUAUAAAGACCAGACAGCACAGCAGGAAGAACCCGCUGCAACUUCAACUAAAAGCAAAACCAAGUUACAAACCGAAAAUGUCACUGUGCUCGAAACAGAUCCUUGUAUAAUCUACAUAUUACUAAUAUUCAAUUCCGUACCCGUUUCAAAUUCUCUGUCAUUCUUUACCAUUCCUUUCAAUCACUGUUCGCCCUGCUUUCUAACGACUGUAGCAAGCAGAUCUUCUCAAAAGAUUGUGAGGUGGGGAAGCAUAAUAGUGCUGCCCUGAAGCCCAUACGUGAAGCAUUGAGCACUGACGCGUGUGCAGCACGGACAUGCAUCCCCAACAUCAGCUUGAGGAGUCUUUUCAGAAGCAACCAAUAGUAAGCCUGGUAGACAAAGAGACGAUAGAGAAUCAUACAGCAAACACACAGUACAGUAUUGAACGGGUAACAUCUUAGGGAAGGUGCAUGUGCAGUAGAAUAUAAUUCUGUUUUUUCGGUUUUUAUUCAUUUCAUUUUACAGUGAUUAUUUUUAGCUAUUUUUUUAGUUUUAUGUAAGUCGUUUAUUUUUCAGGGCUUUCACUUUUGAUAUACUGUAUGAAAUUAUUGUUUUCGGUUACUUUCCAAAAUGCUUGGGCACUUUUUCUUCUGUCACAAUAUGUAUAGUACCUGGACAGUACUUGCACACUUAAGCUGUACCUUCUUUCCUUUGCUGUCUUCCACAAUGAAAUCCCUACGGUCACGGGCACAUUCUUCUGGGGUUUUUUGUUCGUAGGCAUUUUUUUACAUUUUGCUACAACUUGCAAUUCUGUUUUAAAUCUUCCGUAUUUUAACUAAUACAACUUUAAAUCCUGUAAACAAGCCUUCAUUCUCGUCUCCAAUAGAGAUGUAGGAAUGUGCUGUCACUCAGUAGAUGAGUUGGGUUUAAAGCAGGGGUCUCCAAUCCUGCUCCUGGAGGGCCGCUGUCCCUCCUGGUUUUUGUUCCAACUAUACCCUAAAUUAAUUAAUUGGACCGAUUAAGCUUCUAAUAAGUAAUUUAGGGGGCAGUUGGAACAAAACCCAGGAGGGACAGCGGCCCUCCAGGACCAGGAUUGGAGACCCCUGGUUUGAAGUAUUCAGAAUUGACUGUACACCAAUUUAAUUUUUUUUGUAUGGGGGGUGUUUUAUUGUUUUUUAUCGGUUAAAAACGAAAGUCAGAAGCCCUAAAUAUAAUGAAGUGCUUUAAACCUGAAAGAGCGUCCUCUGAUUAGUAACUGAGGGUACUGGUGGAAUAAGACCAUCCUUGUUCCUAAUAAAGUGGCCACCCGGCGAAGAUCAUGCAGAUUGAAAUACAGGUGCUCCUGUCUACUGGGUCCCUAGAAUGGAAUCUGACAUGGGAUACAUUUUCUUUAUCAGUUCAGUGGGAUCACAUGAGUGGGAUGACAUGCUUACUGGGACUGGUCUCCAAUGUGUCGUCACUUCCAGUCCAAUCCAGUGGUGUGCUGCUGAAAUUCAGCACGGAGCUGCGUGUUGGGAGUUCAGACAAUACUGCCAUCUGUACGUGUUUUAAAACCAUUUAAAAUGUCUGAAAUCAUUUCACAUUUCUAUUGUUGUUUUGAUUUAGACUCCAAAAAAGAAUCAUUGAAUUAAUGGAUUUAAUAUAAAACCUGUACAAAUGUUAUUGCUAUUUAUUGUACAAGUAUACUUGUGGUAUUAGAGAAUACUGAAUGAUCGUUAAGCUCUAAAGUGAUAAUAUCGCUGAUGAUUGGUUAACACUGUAAAACCACAUGAAUGCAGUGACAAAUAAACAAUUACUAGCAAUUACUAAAAAAAAAAAGCUGCUCCCCAAGUUUGCAUUUUUACAAUGCCAUCUGGAGAUGGAAGCUGCAUGGCUGCCCACCAGACUGAUUCCUGGUCCCAGGUUACAGCGAGUGUUUCAAAGACAUUCGUGACGAGCUCUAGAGAUAAUGAGUGAAACACUCCUGGGGUUCAGUCCCUCCCCAGCCAUGAAGACCAAGCUCCCUUCUAAACACAUGAAGAGCCCUCAGUGUACCCUCGCUCUCAUGCGCUGCUUGCAUGGAAGGAGGGUUUGUUACUGGAGGAAGGAAUCAUGAGUAACGCACUGAAAGCAUGACCCGAAACACCAAAAACAACACAGUUUCAAUGUUGCCGUUUAUGUUCUGAUUUGUAAAUGUUGUAUCUCUUAUCGGCACUAGUGUCAUUGUCACUGAAGAAGUGCAGUCCAAGACUUCUCUUGUCACGGCUGCUUCUGUGUGCUCAACACAUUUUGUUUACAGGGUAUGCAGGUUUAGUACAGAGUUAUAGCUAUGUAAUGACUUCCUUUGCUGUAGGUCACAUGGUAUGAGUGGAGUCAGUCUGCACAGGAAGUGACUGGGUAGCGUGAAACAAGAUCUUUAAAAAAUAUAUAUAUAUGUUGUGUUAUAUUUACAGUAAAAUAACAAGCAACACAUCAAUAGAUAAUGUUGCUAGUGCAAAUAAGAGGUAAGAAAUUGAUUUUAAAGCCCAAUAAUAAAACAAGCUAGGACUGCUUUUUGAAAUAUGUGUAACAUUUUGGACUUCUUUAAAGCUGUAGCCCACAAUUAAACACGGCACAGACAGCAGACUCCAAUGCAUUUCUGUAUCUCUCUCUCUCUUGCAGGUGUAAUUUAUCAGAGACUUCUGCAGAACACUUUUUUUUUUUACCUGUUUUUUUUUUUUUUUUUUAAUUUAAGCCUGACGAAGGUUAUUACAUUUGUGGGAGUUUUUUUGUUUCUGUUUUUUUUAAUAACGAAAGGAAACUUGAACUUUGUCAAAGAACACGCAUCUCGGACGGUCCCUAGCAGAGACAAUCAAACAGAAAACAAAACAAGAAGUGACGGGGUGGACUGGAACGCAGUGCAGGCAGCUAAAGUACCUUGGAUUGGAUCGCAGUGGAAAGACAAGAGGUUCAGGGAAUUUCAAAACCACAAUCCUCUGGGCUCUCUUCUUCUCUCCUGAGUGAUUCAGCAAAGCAGGUCCACCAUUCACAGGGAGCCCAUUUCCACGCCCCCAGGACUCUCCCUGUACGAGUGUGAUUGGAGCCACGCCCCCAGGACUCUCCCUGUAGGAGUGUGAUUGGAGCCACGCCCCCAGGACUCUUCCUGUAUGAGUGUGAUUGGAGCCACGCCCCCAGGACUCUACCUGUAUGAGUGUGAUUGGAGCCACGCCCUCAGGACUCUCCCUGUAGGAGUGUGAUUGGAGCCACGCCCCCAGGACUCUCCCUGUAGGAGUGUGAUUGGAGCCACGCCCCCAGGACUCUCCCUGUAGGAUUGUGAUUGGAGCCACGCCCCCAGGACUCUCCCUGUAUGAGUGUGAUUGGAGCCACGCCCCCAGGACUCUCCCUGUAUGAGUGUGAUUGGAGCCACGCCCCCAGGACUCUCCCUGUAUGAGUGUGAUUGGAGCCACGCCCCCAGGACUCUCCCUAUAUGAGUGUGAUUGGAGCCACGCCCCCAGGACUCUCCCUGCGCUCCUCAGCUGCCUCUAAUUUUCUCAGGGUCGCUGUCUUGUAUUGGGGAUGGCAGUCUGCACUGCAAUAUGUCUCCCAUAACGGUUGAUAGAGAGCCAUCUCCUCUGAGCCUGUUCCUCGUCAGAUAUCCCUCAUUGUAGUCCUCUUGAAUACAGACGUACCUACCGCUGUCAGCCCCUGUCAGACUGACUGUCUCGCAGUUCACUUGGGACUGACAGUGGCUAGCAGCAGGGUUUCACACGGGUCUCAGGUUUAUUCUUACUCUGGGUAAUAGGAGAGGCUAUACUCUAGUGUUAUGUUUUUACAUUUCUAAUCGACUUUAUUUGAAAUGAUGUCUAAUAGUGUAAUUUGUAAUUGUAAUCUGAGACGUGUCCAGUUCAUUGACUACACCAAUUUAAUUUACAGUAAUAAACAGCUACAUCUGAAAUAUGUACAAAGUGGAACAAUGGGAUUGCCACCCUCUGCGUUUAUUACGUUUCCAAAUUGAGUGUUAAAUACAUUAGUUAUAAUUAUCACUUAAAUAAAACAAUACGUGUUCUGGGAUGGAGACAAGAGUGGUGGGUGAAAACUAACUUGAAAUAUUGCAAAUCAUAAGCUCCAUUCUGGAAGGAGCGACUUUAUGGACAGAGUGAGAUAUUUCCAAUUGUUGAUGCAGCUGGUGUCUGUUUCGUUGAAGUUGUGCAGCUCUAUGCAGUGUGUGUUCAAUCAUUUACCGGAAGCAAACUAAACCGUCUGCCAGGUUCCUGAUGCAGUGUAACAGGCAGUGCGUCAAUAAGGCAAACGAUUGCUGUGUUUAUAUUGAUGGGGGAAGAAAAACACAAAACUAUUUUGAAAUAUUGGAAGCCUAAUGAGGCUCAGUUCUGGAAAGAGUUCCUUUUAUUGUGCAUCAGCCUGUGCUGGGAAAUAGAAACGCAUGUGGGUUACAGAACAUAGUGUGCAAAGCUGGAAGGGUAACAUAAGAAUAACAACAUGUAAUAACAAGAGAGAAUACAAAUGCAUGGGAAGAAUAAGGUGGGCAACCCUGUGUGGAAACGCACACGCACUGUUAAUAUACAGGCCCCUGGCUUGAGCUUUUGUUUCUUUUGUAUUUCAGCUGUGCAGCACUCACUGUCUCCUCUGAAGAGUCGGAACACCGCGGAGCAGCGGCCCUGCAGCCCCUUCCUCCUCCUCCUCCUCCUCCUCCUCCUCCUCCUCCUCUGUCUGUAUGCCCUGUGACAGCGGAUGCUGCUGUUGUACACAUACAGAGUUGUGGACUACGGUUCAUGUCAUACCAGCAUAUGUAAAUAUACUUUAAAAAAUGACAAGAAAUGGUUAUUAUAAAUAUGCACUGAAAUGUUUAUUUACGUGACAAAAGCAAAUCUAUGGAAAGGGUUAUUCUUGACGUAUUUAUUGUACAGCUGGUUUUCUUUGAGACUGUGUAUUGCACAUUGCAUUCUAUUCAUCAGGUGGACUUUUGUGAUGUGAUUUUUAUGGCAUGAUUUGUUUUUAUUUUUUAUUUUUCAAACAAACGAAAAGAAGAAAAAAAAACGAAUGCCGUGCGCAGCCCAAAGAAAUGGAUUUCUGUGUUUGUUUUGUUCUUGUUUUGAGAUGGAUUUCACUUGCAGAGUGGCCCCUUUCCUCUCCUGCGGUCUCUGUUUCAUGGUCUGAACAGCGCUGGCUCUCCAUACAGCAGCCCCUUGAACUCUGUGUCAAACCUGCUCAUUUACUGACUAUGUGGCACGGGCUUCAGAUAUCAAGGGUGUGUUAACUAUUCCGGCUGUUUGGAUUCACUUUGUACCAUUUUCUGUUUCCGUUGUCAAAUCCUGCUAACAUUUGUGAAGUCCCCUGUGGUUUCUAUAGAGCUCUCCGAAUCCAGUCUAACCUCCAAGUGCAGCCACGAGCCUGGCCCUGCAACACGCUGAUGUAAGGAAUACAGCAGUAAGAAAUAUCACAGAACAGAUGUGAUGUUUCUUCCAUCCUCUAGGGAAGGGUGUUGCAGGGGGGCAGGUUAAAGGUUACACUUCGUGUACCAGAUGUACUUGGAGAUUAGACAUGAUUCUGAGAGAUGGGCUUUAAUUAAACUGCUUCGUUUUAAAAAUGUACCAGAAAAUGCUCCAAAGGGAAUGAACAGGAAUGCAUUAGUGACGGUAACUGUAUCUCUUACCCAUAUUGAGUCACUCUUUAAAAGUACAAACCAGGGCUCCUGAGUGGCGCAUCCGGUAAAGGCGCUCCGCAUGGAGUGCAGGAUGUGCCCUAUAGUCUGGAUGUCGCCGGUUCGAGUCCAGGUUAUUCUUUUGCCGACCAAGGACGGGAGCUCCCAGGGGGCGGCGCUCAAUUGGCCGAGCGCCACCCGGGGGGGGGGGGCGGGGUUAUGUCGGCCAGGGCAUCCUCAGUUCACCAUGCACCAGCGACCACUGUGGUCUGGCCAGGGGUGGUAGCGGUGAGCUGAGCCUAAAAAUAAUUGGCUAUUCUAAAUUGGGAGAAAAUUAUAAAAAAAUAAAUAAAAUUGGCGACUACUAAAUUUAAAAAUAAAUAAAUAAAAGUACAAACCAAGAUAGUCACUUUGGAAAGCUUGAAAAGUCCUUGUUUGUACCCCACUCGAUGGAACCUGAUUUAGGGUUAGGGUUACAAGCUGAGGAGUGUUUUUUCAAGGUAGUGUUUAACCUUCAAAGGGUCCUUAACAAAAAACCCUUAAUAAAGUCCUUAAAGAGUUUUAUGAAAAGGGCCCAUCCAUUCAUUACAGCCCCUCAAAUGCCCAAUGUGUUGAACUCUGCUGCAUCUUUCGAAGCGUUCUUCUGGGUGUAAUGAUUUCAACACAAACCCAGUGGAAAUGCUCUGCCAUGGAGCAGGUCAUUAGUUUGAGUGCGUCGUCGUGGAGAUCCCUCGCUGUUUUGAGCAUUGUCACAGCGCCCCCUGUCUGUUGUAUGAAGCAGUUCUUUGCUUUCUCAGUAGAGUUGAAAAGCUCAGGGUCAGAUUUUGGUCGACCUUCUCUUUCUUUCUGAACUCUCAAUGUAUCGUACAGUGAUUUGUGUGAUGGGAUAUUGUAUUGUCUGUUACAUAUCAUAACCUGUCGUGCAUAUAUUUAAAUACACAUCCAAUUCAGACCAUU